AGUCAACGUGCCUUCGCUCGCAAUGAAUUCAUUUGUGGAACUUACGAAAAAAGUGCAUUUAAUCAAUGACUUGAUAUUGUCGGAUAUGACGUGUGAAAACGAAGAAGAUGCAGAGGAGAAAAUGAAAUUCGACAGACACCUACUCUCGACUGUGCACUGGUUCACGAGAAUAUCCAGCGCAAACAAGAAGCGGUAUUUACUGGCGUUGCUGAAUGACAUACGCAGUGCUUGGGCUCUUUCGUUACUGCUCAAAUCUAUUUGGAACUGCCAACCUAAGGACGCCGUGCUUUCGGCCAGCGACCCCAACGUGUGGAGCAGCUACGAUCAAGCACCGCUAGACCACAACAGAACAGCGCAGCCAGCGGCCACUCUCGCGCUGGUGAUGAAGAAUGAUAGGAUUUGGUUCCUUUCAUUAGAGCCGGAAUCACAGGCUAUCGUGCUAUCGGAAUUGCUAGCGGUGUCUGGAAGACCUGUCAUAUGGGCAGUACUGUCACAGGCAGAGAAGAUCUAUGAGAAGUACAGAACUAACCAAUUGCAAGACUUGGAGGAAUGUAUCGUAGUCAACGAACCUCCAGCUGAAAAGACGCAGCCAUCCUCCGAGAAAAGUAAAAAGGAAAAUUCACCGCAACAUCUAAAGAGCUCUGUAAAUGAUAAAACACUUCCCGCUCCGGGCCAAGCACAGAAAGAGUUAGAUGCUAAUUUGGCGGUUUGGCAUGCUACAAUAAAAGCUUUACGGGACAGCGUCAAAUUGGAAGAACUAGAGAUGACAUUCAAAGAUGGAACCAAGCGCAAAGUAUGGAAAGUGAACCGACCCAAACCAGAAAUAACAGAAACUGUUGAUUUUGUUCAGCUUUUACCUGCAGCGAUAGGAAAACGCAUAUUAUCAUAUUUGCCGCGUGCUAAUCUCGCUGACUAUGCUAAAGUCAAUAAAUACUGGGCUUAUUUAGUGGACGACUUUAAAGCUGAACUGUUGGCUCGGGUCAAAAUCAACAGCGAUUUGGAAAAAUUGCAGGAGUUAAUGUUACGUCACGACACUAGCAUGGAGGUCGUUGCCCAGUCGGACCCUAGAUCGACGCUACUGAGUUCUCAAGGGAUGAUGAGUGCAGCGCCAUCGGCCAAAGCAAGAAUAUUUGUGCCUAGUAUGAGGGCUAGUGAAAAGUCCGCCGGAGCGGUGUCGUUCAGGCAUAUGCUCAGCGAUAAAUUGAAUAAAACCUCCUUGGCCCAAAAACCAUUCCGCAAUCUGGCUGAACUAACACAAAGAUUGGAACGGCGCGGAGCAAUUGACGAAAACUUGUGCGCUUGGUGUAAUAAUAUAGUCAAGCAAGUCAAAUCCACCAAGAAAAUGGGAAAGAGCGCAGUACUAAGGUCUGCCGAGGGUGUUCUUCAGUUGGGAAAUAUGCAUUUUCCUUGUCCAUUAAUGCAGCUGAAAUUGCAGAUUCCACUUCAGACCCCUCUUAGUAAAGAUCCGGUCGUAGAUACUACACCGAGGCCUGGGAGAAACGUUUCCAGUGGAACAAUGCUUGAGAUGCCGAGACAUCAAGGUGUCCAGCGGUACAGCCUGUGGACUAAAGACUUUUCAAAAUUGUACCCGGUUUUUAAAAUACCUUCAUAUCAAUUUCCUAUUUGAUGUUUUAGGUGUAAUUUUACUUUUAUAUUUUUUCAAUUUGAUUUGUUUUGCUUUUUCUGUCGUUUAUUGCCAAUGAAAAUGUUCAUUCUUAUUAAUUUGCUGUUUUAUUUUUUUAAGCUAUGUUUCAAUACGUGGGGCACUCAUAAAGUUUUGCGUUAUGUACUACUAAAAUAUGCUACCUGAAAUAGACAAAUAAAUUUGUUUUUUUAUUAUAUGCUGUUGAAUUUU